UUCAUUAUAGAUCUUUUGGAAUAGGAGUUACUGGUUAUAAGUGAACCAAAACACAACAAAAAUACAGAAACAAGAUAGUAAUAGAAAGGAAAAUUGAAAUAAAAUAUGUAUACUGGAGCUUGGCUUUAACCCAACAGAAACAACAAGAAAGCAAUAUCCAGACUUAAAUAGAACACAAAGUAUAGCUACCAACAUCUAUGUACCAGAAACACACCAAGCAUUUCCUCUCCAAAAAGAGAUGUUUUGGAAAUUGGAUAAAACUCAUGUGGAUAUUGAAUAUCUAUGAUACUGAAUAAACAUAUGAAUGAAUAUAUUCAAAUGUGUACAGGAUUGUUAACCAAGCCUAUUUAAAUAAGUAAAUUGAAUCAAAAAGGGUCUCAACACUGCUUGAAGAGGACAGUCAAACCUCUACCUGGAAAUGUAUUUGACAUGCUUAUCACUGCCUUGUAAUUGAUGAAAGGUUGUAAAGACAGACAGCUUCAAGUAAAACACAUUAUUUCUACAAUGUUAAUUCAAGUGUAAUUGAGAAGAGUUAGAGUUCCCUCAAAAUCAGGGUAAGGUGGCCACAUUGCUGUGAUAGAUAUCUCUAGGCUCAAAACUUAGUCAAAGCUCAUAACCCCCCAGGCACCAAUGACAUCUCAAAGCCUAAGAUGUCAUAAAGGUAGCUCCUGACCAAUGAGGUGCAGAAGCUGAGGGUGCAAUGGGCCUGACUGAACAUUGUCUUCAGAGAACCAGUCCUGCUGGUGAACCAGGCAGAGCUUACCGGAGCCCAAACCAUCAAACCAUCAUGUCGGGGAAGAAGAGCCAAGAGAAGUCUUGCAGCGACAACAAGCAGAUGGAUGAUCCUUCUUCUAGGCCUGAGGUGCAGGUGCCUGUGAACUAUGUGUACCGCCUACUGCAGGAGGAGCAAUACACCCCCUGCCUAGGUUCCACAACCUCUGAUUUCCUCCUUGCCAUGCUCGAUUACCUUACCGACUACAUCCUGGAGGUGGUGGGCUCCGAAGCCAACAUCAACAGCCAGCAAACUAUUUCACAAGAUAGAGAGAGACAGAGAGAGAAUGACCGUGAACCCCCUCAAGCCUUCAAGAAUGCGCCUUUCUCUCUGUUUGAUGAGAUGCCUGGACCCAGAAGGAAUGGCUAAAGAAUGGGGUUCACAACCCAAGAGUGGGAAGCCUCACAAACUCAGCUAGAACCAUGAAGGCUAAUAGCAGAGGAGGCUGCCCCCUGUGUCCAUGAAUACUAAUAAAAUGUU